UUAUAUGAAACAAUAGUAGAAAUCAAAAUUUUUCAUUGGCUUUAGAUGACUUAGUUGAAAAUUUAUACUUAUGCCAGAACAUAUCGUCAAACCUGUUACUUCUACAGUCAUAAAUAAGGUCUACUAAAAAAUUUAACAAAGCAGUUUCAUACGCGAGUCGAAUCCAUAUAUUUACAGUUUCAGAACACGUAUCUUUGACUAUUUUUUGCUAUCCUCACAAAAUUAUUAAAGCUUUUUGUAGUUUGCCUUUAAUUCGAACAAAAGUAGUGAACAGAAAGGAUGUUGGACAAAAAAUCUCUCACUAUCGCAAUAGUUUGCUAUUCCAAUAUGAAUCGUUCAAUGAAUGCACAAUGCUUCUUAACAGCUAAAGGCUAUAACGUUAAGAGCUAUGGAGUAGGCGACACUGUGCAAAUUGCUGGGAAGACACCGGACAAACCAAAUGUGUACGAAUUUGGCACCACUUUUGACGCCAUAUAUCAAGAUUUAGUUAGAAAGGACAAAAAAUUCUAUGAAGAAACAGGUUUGCUGGAGAUUGUCGACCGAAACCGUGCGAUUAAGAGGCGCCCAGAACGGUUUCAGGAUUGUAACGAACAAUUCGACAUUAUCAUCACCGUACAAGAGUACAUAUAUGAUCUGGUAGUAGAAUUCAUUGCAGCGCAUGAGGUAACUCAGAGUCGUCCUGUUCAUAUUAUAAAUCUGAAUAUUGAAGAUAGUCUUGAGAUGGCAAAUUAUGGCAGUUUUCUAAUUUCAGAUAUCUUAGGAAUGGUGAUUAAAACCUAUGAUUUAGCGAGCAAUAUUAAAAGUAUUUUACGAGAUUUCGAGGUUCGCAAUAAAAUGGAAACGAAGCACAUUAUGCAAUACUAUUAAUCUAUAUUUUAAAAAAAGUUUAUCUGUUCUGCUAAACAUCUGCUAAAACUCUAAAGUUAAUAAAUAAUUUUACCAAUAUUUUCAGGGUUCUGGUAAACAUGAUUAAAGGUUAGUAUAAUGGCAGGUUCUGCGAGAAGUUUAUGCCCUCUCUUCUGUUUUUUGUAAAAGUUUUUUUAAUUUAGUUUAUAAUCAUGGUAAUUGUAUUAAUGUCCAUUAAAAAUAAAGUUAUU